AUGUCUGAGACAGCGAUUGUAACAGAGUUUGCCGGCGCUCUUUACGCUGCCACCUCAGCUCUUCGACAACGUCGCCACCGCCGCUGUCCUCGUCCAUCCGUCGCCGGUCCUCCACUUUCUCAUUCGUACAGCAGCGCAGCAAGUCGCCAGUCCUCCACCGCGGGCGGUUCUCCUUCAUACAAGAAAAUUUGGGAUGCAUUGACCGGUGAUGAACUGCACUCAUUUGAGCACAAGCACAUUAUUCGAGCUUGUGUUUUCUCGGAGGAUACUAAUUUUCUACUGACUGGUGGAGUUGAGAAAAUUCUUCGAAUAUAUGAUCUGAACCGUCCAGAUGCACCUCCUAGAGAGGUGGCUAAGUCUCCAGGCUCAGUGAGAGCUGUCUCAUGGCUCCACAGUGAUCAAACAAUAUUAAGUUCUUGUACUGAUAUGGGAGGUGUUAGAUUAUGGGAUGUAAGAACUGGCGACAUAGUCCGUACACUUGAGACAAAAUCACCUGUUACUAGUGCUGAAGUGAGUCAAGAUGGUCGAUAUAUAACUACUGCCGAUGGGUUCAGUGUUAAGUUUUGGGAUGCUAAUCAGAAUUAAGGCAUCAAGUGAGUUUAGUUCGUGGCGUUGCGAGUAAUGUAUUCUCAAAGAUGGGCACCUCGUUGAAUUAUAAGGUGGGCACAAUGAUAGAGAUCCCAAGAGCAGCUCUUGUGGCUGAUGAUGAGGUAUGUUUAAUCUCAAUUUGAGCGGUCUUAAUUAAUUGAGUUGGGAAGUUUAGUGAUGAAAAGAGUUGUAAGUGUCAGAUAGCAAAAGAGGCAGAGUUUUUCUCGUUUGGGACUAAUGAUCUCACACAAAUGACAUUCGUAUAUAGCAGAGAUGACAUAGGAAAGUUUCUACCUGUAUACUUGUCAAAGGGCAUUCUUGAACACGAUCCCUUUGAGGUAUGUAUAGUAUAGUAUGACUUCAAUUCCUAGUUGCACGUACUUUUACCUUGAUGAUCACAGAUCCAUUCAUCAGGUUCUGGAUCAGAAAGGUUUUGGGCAGCUGAUCAAGAUUGCCACCGAAAGAGGCCGUGCUGCUAGGCCAAGCUUGAAGGUCAGUCACUGUAGGCUGUGCUUCUCACAUCUUUUUAAUUUGCCCAUUCAUCAAACUAAAAUAAUAUUUGAACGACACAAGACUAGUUUGAGAUUUAAUAUUUGGGUUUAUAGAGUAUCAACUAUUGUUUUGUGCUUCAUAUAUAUCUUUUGCUUUUUUUGUUGCCUGGGGUUUAAAUGUUGGUGAUAUUCUAUAUUAUGCAUCUGCUCUUUUUUCUCACUUGGACUGAUGGACCAUUUCAUGAGUAAGCUUCACCUCAAAUCCCUGAUAUUUUAACCUUCUUUAUGUGAUUUGAGAAGACAUUUUAAAAGAUCCAUCGAGAGUAUGAUUGCCUCUAAACCAUAUGCAUGGUCUGUUUUAUAGUUAUUUGGUCUAUUCUGAUUGUUAUGAUGGACUGAUGGACCAUUUCAUGUGUAACAAAAUAUUUGUUGUUUAUGUCCAACCUCUUUAUAUGAAGCCCUGUGUGUUUCCCUCAAACUGAGUGUCAUGGUGUUGUGUUCAAUUUUGCAUAAGAGCUUGUGAUGGAGGCCAAGAAGGGAAGAAGAUGAUGAUAAGAAAAGAAAAAGAUGGGUGGGAGAUUGAUUUCUCAGGUGAUAAACCGCCUACACCAUUGCUAGACACCAUCAACUAUCAAGUGCAUAUGAAGAACCUAUCUACACUGGUAUAUAUAGUAGUACACACAAUUACACAAACCAUUCUUCAUUAACUUUCAUGAUGUUUUACUGUUAAUUUUAUGGGCAUU